CAGUCACCAGACACAAGGAGACGAACCAUGGUGUUGCGUGCAUUUGGGACGGGAGUACUCGUGGCUGCCGGAGGGUACUGGAGCCUGCGCACGUUGGUGCAGGAGCGCACGGGAGACAGUAUGCUGCGUCUGGGGGAGAUGCGCAACCGACUGAACCCCCCGUUGCGACAAAAGACGAAGAAGGUCGUCGUGCCGGCGUAUGCGGUCGAGCAUGAAUACUACACCGCAGUGCGCGAACGCUGGAACUCGGGCGUGUUGGCGUUCCGCAAGAACGUGAUUGACUUCUUUGACGAAAUGGACAAGGCCACCAAGCCCCGCGAAGUCGAAGCCACGACGUCCAUCACGACCACCGUCCGCGAAGAUGGCGACUCGUGGACAGUCGAAAAGUAAUUAGAUAAGCAUGUUAAACACCGAUG